UUUUCCCGCAUGAUGUCAUCAAAAUGGCGGACAACACAGGAGUAGAUGAUGGGCCAUUCCAACCAAAAAGUGAAAGUGAAGCCAUCACUCUAACAAACGCAGAUGCACCUGCCGACAGCACUGAUCCUGGAGCAACAGUCAACCCCUUCCAAAGCUCCGAAUCACCCCCAGUAAUCCCCUCGGACCCUAUCACUAACCCAGCUCCAGACUCGCCACAGCAGGACUUUUCUGAGCCGCCGCAGUGCCUCCCUCAAAGCAACGCGGCACCCGUGCUUCUUGUUACCGGGGAAACUGCAUCCAAUGGCGAUUUAGACUCAUCUGAGCCGGAUACUCCUUACCCUGAAGGGCAAGCGGGAAGUGACAUUGUUGGAAACUCAUCUGACAGCAGUGUUUCUGAAAAUGCGAAGGUCAAAGCUGAUGGGAGUGUUGAUCCAUCCAGUGAACUAACGUCCGAGAGUAAUGGAGACAGGUCAAGACAGGAUUCUGGCUCUACCGAGGGCAGCAGACGAGACGGACCACCAACAAGAAGUCGAGCACAGCCAGUGUUAGAUGCUUCAAAACUCAAGGAAAAGGAAAAUAAGAACAAUCAGUUUAGGCAACAACAGCUCAGUGACCGACAGAAACGUAUCGAUAGUAUCCGGCACAAAGCGACUGAUCACAGGGCCGAAAUACUCGAAAGGAAGAAGAAGCAAGAAGAGGAGGAUCAGGCCCGUAAAGAAGCCAUUGUCAGGCGUUCCAGGGAGCGCUCAGACAACGCCCGCGAGAAGCGCCGUUCUUGGAGCGCAUUUGGGUCCCGCGACUACUCCUCCCCGGUCCCCAGCGGUGGGACUCCCCGGUCUUCGAGAGGUCGCAGCACCGACAGGAUGACGGAACGGCAGAGCCCCGACGGCAGUUUGACCCUGGGCGCCAGCAAGCGCUUGUCCAGUUCUGUCUCUGCCCUGCACCGCCCUGUGCACCUGGUGCGGCUUGGGCCCAACGAGGAUGACUGGUUCGAGGUUCACAUCCCAGACCCACGCUCUCGUCGCGGAUCAUCCCCAGGCAACGACAAGAAUCCUGAUUCUUCUUCCACCCCUUUGCCUGCCAGUAGCAGUACCAUCCCCCGCCACCACCUCUCCUCACCUAACCUUGCAUCGAGCAAUGUAAGGAGACGCUUGAGAGCAGCCUACCCAAACAGGGAUAGUAGGUCAGCCCAUUCGACGCCGACGCACGUCUCACGACCGCUCUCGGCAACAAAACGCUCCAAUUCAAAUUCAAAACUAGACAGCGAGUCCGGUCCAGUGGGUGGAAAGCCGGCAUCUGGAACAGCACCUGCAAAGAGAGGAACAUCACCCCGCACCUCUCUACACGGGCGGCCUCCAUCACCAAGGCAACAGUCUUCAACACCCAGAGCCACCCCUGUCCGUGCACCAUCACCAAAGACAGCUGCGGGUCAAGGGUCAACCACAGUGGACGGCAGCAAACCUAGGCCGGGCAGGGUGCAGUCGCCACGUAACUUACCUAAACAGACAAAUGGGGAUAGCAGUCGGAAACCCCCAGAAGGUAAGAAAACCCCAGGUCAAGCUCCGCCCAUCAAGAAGGCCCUCACCCCCCGCACAGACAUCGUCAAGUCCACAGUCAGCUCACCAACGAGGACCGUGACUGCACCAAAGAGCACUCCCAAGGCACCUGCCACUAAGCCUGCCACGACACCCAAAGGGGGUCCUAAGCAGGCCAAGCCAGCUGCAGUCAAAGUGGCAGUAGCAGCGGCAGCAGCCCCUGAGAAACCAGCCCCUGAGAAACCAGCCCCUGCUAAAGAAGAGGUGGAACCAGAGACCAAACCAAAGGAAACACCACGUUCUCAGUCUCCAACUAUCUCAGAAUCAUCCAGUGGAUCAGCCCCUGCAGCCAAUGGCACUGCCUCCCCAGCCGCACAAGCCCCGCCUCCAGCCAAGGAACUGACAGAAGAGGAGCGUGCUAAGCAGGCACUUGCCGAGAGGCGUCGUCAGGCCAGGGAGAAAGCCGAGAGAGAAGCGGAGCUUGAGAAGCAAAGACAGGAGCAACUGAAACGCGAGGAGGAAGAAAGAAUCCGUCGCGAAGAAGAGGAAAGAAUUCGUCAGGAGGAGGAAGAGCUCAGACUAGCGGAAGAGCAUAGGAAGGCAGAAGAGGAACGUCUGAAACAAGCCAUUCAAGAGAAGGAGGAGAAAGAGAGAUUGGAGGCGGAGCGUAAGGCAGCUGAGGAGGCGGAAGCAGCCCUGAGAGCAGAGGAGGAGAGACUACGUCAGGAGGACCUGAAGAGACAGGAAGAAGAACUGGCUGAGAAAUGCCGCCGGGAAGAUGAAGAGAGAAAUGCUCGCAAGAAGAGAGUUGAAGAAAUCAUGAAGAGAGCCAGACGAGGAGCCCAAGCAAAAGACAAGGAUGAUGGCUCAGAAAAUGGAGACAGUGGCUCUGAGAGUGGAUCUGCCACAGGCUCGGAACGGAAGACGAAUGGAGUCAACAGCAUGCUAGCCAGCAGCAGUGUACUCAACAGCGAGAAGUAUCGCAACUUGCUGUUCAAUCGCAACAAAACGGAGCUCUCAGGCGAUGAGGACGAGGAUUAUGAGGGUGGUCAGUUGGAAGGCACUGCUAACGGCGGACCUGCCAACAGCUCCAGCGAUUCCGAUGACCGGGAUGGGAUGGAGCUGGGGGGAGGAGCGGGGCCUGUAGACUUGCUCCCCGGUGACAAACCAGAAUGGUCAGAUGAGGAGGCAAAACAGGUUGAUGGGGAAGAUUUUAUGGAGGUGCUAGAUUCAGAUGCAGGAUUCCAAGGUGAUAUCAAUGUUUUGGAAAGAGGAGUGGUAAUGGAGGAUGACCUUCAGGAAAAGCAAGAAUUGCCAACUGAGCCUGCUGAUGGAAUUGGGGUUGGCAACGGUGAAGUUUCUGACAAGGGUGUGGCCAAAGAAGAGGAUGCGGCAGAGAUGGAGGGUGUGGCCAGAGAAGAGGAUGUAGCAGAGGUAGAGGGUGUGGCCAAAGAAGAGGAUGUGGCAAAGAUGGAGGGUGUGGCCAGAGAAGAGGAUGUGGCAGAGGUAGAGGGUGUGGCCAAAGAAGAGGAUGUGGCAAAGAUGGAGGGUGUGGCCAGAGAAGAGGAUGUGGCAGAGGUAGAGGGUGUGGCCAGAGAAGAGGAUGUGGCAGAGGUAGUGGGUGUGGCUAAAGAACGGCCAGAGCUAAAAGGUCCUGCUGAGGAACCACCACCGCCUUUGGAUGAUGAUGAUGUAGUCAGUGAUGAUGCAGUUGGUGCCUUGGGUGUGGGCAAGGAGGGGGCAGUUGAGCAGGUUGUGGCUAAUGAAGGAACAGAUUCAAAAGGGUUCACUGAUCAGCCGCUACUUGAUGACUAUGGCAUUGGUAAGGAUGCAGUCACUGAUGAGGGCUUUGUCAAGGAGGAAGGUGUGGUUGAGGAUGUGGCAGACAAAGAGACAGCUUCAAAAGUCUUCACUGAGCAACAACCACCAUUUGACAACUAUGGUGUUAGUAGUGAUGUAGUCACUGAUGAGGGUGUGGUCGAGGAGGGUGGGGCAGAUACAGAGGCCGAUUCAGACACCUUCACCGAACAACCAGCAUCUAAAGAUUAUGGAAUUGGCAGUGAUGAAAUCUCAGACGGUGUGGUUAAGGAGCAUGUGGCUAAAGAAGAGGUUAAUUCCGAAGUCGUCAUUGAGCAGCAGCCACGAUUCGAUGACUGCAGUGUUGAUAGUGAUGCGGUUGCUGAUGUGGGUGUGGCCAGUGAGGAGGGUGUGGUCAAGGAGGACAUCCCUGUUGACCUGACCACAAAUGGAAAUGGCAACAUUGAUCCUGAAGAUCAGGAAGAUAUCAGCAGCGAUGACGAGAAGAGUGAUGGUUCCUCCAGGAACGGAAACGAGCUUGAGCCUCCGGGGUUAACUGCGCCCCCCUUGAACAAUGUGCCUGCUUCCGAUAAUAACUUUAACAAUGCAAAUGGGGAGACCCUGAUCGACCCCGCCCCAGAGAGCACUGAGCUGAUCACCAAGAAGGCCCUGCUGGAUUUUGACGAUGGGGGCGGGACCCUGGAUGAUGGGGGAACGAUAGAGAUGGGUCAGGAGCUGUCGCCGGACUCAGCCAGCGACAAACUCAAUGCCAAUCUGGGCAUGAUGGCGGGGUUCCCUGUGGGCGAUGCCCCCACAACCCUCUCCUUCUCUCCGAUGGGCGAGCUGGAAUCCAACGGAGGACAGCAGCCCCAGCCCAUGGCUGUCUGCCUGACACCCGAAGAUGCCGUCUGAAGUCCACAUUCAUCUUUUUUUUCCAUGAACAUACAUGUAUGGCGGAAGAAAACUAUUAAUUUGAAAACUAUAUUACGAUGACUGUGUGCAUUUGCCACCCUGCCAGCGUCCCUACCGUAUCUCUCUGUUUAAGUGUUGGAUUCUAAUGCAUAUACGCUUGAAGAGGAGUCUGCUCAUACUUACGUGGAUAAACUGCCGUAUUCUUCAGAUCUCGUGCUCAGACUUUGUCCCGUGGUGGACUAAUGGACCGACCGUAGGCCCCGGCGAAGUUGAUGACUUGAAAUCUGUGGCCUGAGUGAACAGGCUUUUUACAUCAAUCGACCUGAACUUCUGAUUUGACGUCACUGUAUUAGGAAUGUAGCAGUCCUGCCUUUGGAACGCGUAGCAUAUCGUGUAGAACUGAUGAACGACCGGCAAUGUGAUUUGUAUGGAAACUUUUGCAGUUGUGCCCCUUGGAACUGGGAGACCAGUUUACUUUUAACCUGAAACUACAACCUUCCAUCCCAUCUACUGGAUACAGAUGUAUUUGCUGUUGUUGCCCACUUCAUGAAGGAACCAAAACUCGCCUGUCAACCACGGAAAGCAUCUUCAUGAUCAACAUGAUUUGUCUGCCCACUGUAUAAUUCAUCAACAUCUUGAAAGGACUAACUUUACUUAUCAUCGUGACAGUACAAAAUCUCAGCAAUUGUGAGAAUUAUUGAUGAGUCUUUGACAUUACGUGUUGAAGUGACAAGGCAUCAAGUGUGGGAUUAAACAAAAUUAAUAGAUCUUCUCAGACAGAGUAUGCACAAGUACACUUGUCACUAUGCAUUAAUUACCUGGUAUUUUCAGUUGCUAACAACUAAUGCGGGGACCAUCAAAAUCUGAAGGCAUACCGUGAAGCAGAGUAAACCUAAAGUUGGAAUGCGGAAAAUGUUGAAACUUGAAAAACAUUUGAUUGUUGAAAUCUGGUCAUCGGGAUGAUACUUGAUGAGGAAAGAUAGAAACCCUGUUUCUUCUCUGAAAUUUCAUAGGUUCUCUCAACGAUAACCGCAUCAGCAAUACGACAAAAACUGCAGCGACAGUCUCGGCCAAUGACAGGCAAGGAAAUCUCAAUGCAGGUGACGA